GACAGCAGAUUGCGUCCAAUCGCACAGAAUGCGUGCACGCAGGCGCGUGUAGCCCAUUUAUUUUGCCGCCUGCACCUCCGUGCGAACCACAACUCUUCAGUUCACACACUGGUUGCAAGAUGGUAAUGAAAUUGGCUUACUGGGACAUACGCGGGCUUGCUCAGCCAAUCCGCCUGCUGUUGGAAUACACUGGCACCGAGUAUGAGGAAAAGAUGUAUUCCUGCGGUGACGGCCCCAACUAUGACAAAAGCUGCUGGUUCAAUGAGAAGGACAAACUCGGAAUGGACUUCCCUAAUUUGCCCUACCUACUAGACGGCGACAAGAAGAUUGUCCAAAGCAAUGCCAUUUUGAGAUACAUUGCCCGUAAAAACAACCUUUGUGGGGAAACUGAAGAGGAACGGGUGAGGGUUGACAUCUUGGAAAAUCAGGCAAUGGACUUCCGCAAUGGUUUCGUUCAGGUCUGCUAUGGAGACUUUGACAAACUCAAACCAUGCUACAAUGAGGCACUGCCAGGAACCUUAAAGCAGAUGUCUGAUUUUCUUGGUGAUAGGAAGUGGUUUGCUGGAAACAAGAUCACAUUUGUGGACUUCAUUAUGUACGAGUUGUUGGAUCAGCACCGUAUGUUUUGUGCAGAAUGCUUGGAUGACUUCAAAAAUCUUAGGUGCUUUCUGGAUCGCUUUGAGAGCCUUGAGAAGAUCGUAGCAUACAUGAAGUCCAGCAAAUUCAUCAAAACACCCGUUAACAACAAGAUGGCAAAAUGGGGAAACAAAAAGGAGUGAAAAUGUUAAGAUUGUUGAUUAAAGCAUCAUAGGAUUACAUGCAUUAAAUGCAGUUAAAAUGCA